AUGUUUUCUGCGCGUUGCUCGCUAUUUUUUCCCUUUUACAGCGGUCUUGCCCGGACCUUCGGGAGGGCUGCUUUUGCCCGGCCUACCCCGGUCGCCCGUCGCGUUCCUUCCAAGAUCAAUGCCUUCCCUUCCCUUGCCAGGUUGGCCAGCACUGAGGCCGGCGCUAGCGGCAAGAUUCACCAGGUCAUUGGUGCCGUCGUUGACGUGAAGUUCGAGGGUGAGAAGCUCCCUGCCAUUCUCAACGCCAUUGAGACCGAGAACAAUGGCCAGAAGCUCGUGCUCGAGGUUUCUCAACACUUGGGUGAGAACGUCGUCCGUACUAUUGCUAUGGAGGGUACCGAGGGUUUGACUCGUGGUGCCGCUGCUCGCGACACUGGUGCUCCCAUCACCAUCCCUGUCGGUCCCGGCACCCUGGGCCGUAUCCUCAACGUCACCGGUGACCCCGUCGACGAGCGUGGUCCCGUCAAGGCCACCAAGUACGCCCCUAUUCACGCCGAGGCCCCUGAGUUCGUUGAGCAGUCCACUGAGGGUGAGAUUCUUGUCACUGGUAUCAAGGUCGUCGACCUGCUUGCCCCCUACGCCCGUGGUGGUAAGAUUGGUCUCUUCGGUGGUGCCGGUGUCGGUAAGACCGUCUUCAUUCAGGAGUUGAUUAACAACAUUGCCAAGGCUCACGGUGGUUACUCCGUCUUCACUGGUGUCGGUGAGCGUACCCGUGAGGGUAACGAUCUGUACCACGAAAUGCAGGAGACUGGUGUCAUUCAGCUCGACGGUGAAUCCAAGGUCGCCCUUGUGUUCGGUCAGAUGAACGAGCCCCCAGGUGCCCGUGCCCGUGUCGCCCUUACCGGUCUGACCAUUGCCGAGUACUUCCGUGACGAGGAGGGUCAGGAUGUGCUGCUCUUCAUUGACAACAUUUUCCGUUUCACCCAGGCCGGUUCUGAGGUGUCUGCCCUUCUUGGUCGUAUCCCCUCUGCUGUCGGUUACCAGCCCACUCUGGCCGUCGACAUGGGUGGUAUGCAGGAGCGUAUUACCACCACCACCAAGGGUUCCAUUACCUCCGUCCAGGCCGUCUACGUCCCUGCUGACGAUUUGACUGACCCUGCCCCCGCCACCACUUUCGCUCACUUGGACGCCACCACUGUCUUGUCCCGUGGUAUUUCCGAGUUGGGUAUCUACCCUGCUGUCGACCCUCUUGACUCCAAGUCUCGUAUGCUCGACCCCCGUAUCGUCGGUCAGGAACACUACGACACCGCCACCCGUGUCCAGCAGAUGCUCCAGGAGUACAAGUCCCUCCAGGAUAUCAUUGCCAUUCUGGGUAUGGACGAACUUUCUGAGGCUGACAAGCUCACUGUCGAGCGUGCCCGUAAGCUUCAGCGUUUCCUGAGCCAGCCUUUCACCGUCGCCCAGGUUUUCACUGGUAUCGAGGGUAAGCUGGUUGACCUUAAGGACACCAUCCGCUCCUUCAAGGCCAUCAUCAACGGAGAGGCUGAUGACCUUCCUGAGGCUGCUUUCUACAUGGUUGGUGACCUCGAGUCCGCCCGUGCCAAGGGUGAGAAGCUCCUGGCCGAGCUCGAGAACAAGGCCUAA